AGAGGGUUGUGGGCUUGUUUUAUUUUUAUUAGUAAUACAGAAGUUACUCUUCAGAAGAAUAGGAAUUCCACAUUUUCACAAUUAACAAGAAAACCUGAUAUCAAACCACAGAGACUGCUUGAUGAGAUGUUUCCUAAAUGCUUCCUUUUGCUAUUUGGAGCUCUGCUGCUCCUGUUGACAACAGCAUUUUCUCUUGAAUGUACCAAAUACAAUGUGAAAACCUGUCAGGACUGCAUUGAGUCUGGCCCCGGUUGUGCCUGGUGCAAGAAACGGAAUUUCACAAAAAUAGGAGAACCAGAUUCAGCUCGAUGUAACACGAAGCAGCAGCUCCUUGAGAAGGGAUGUGAUGGCAAUAUAAUUUUCCCAGAAAGCUUUGUUCACCCGGUUUCUUCUGAUCAAUCAAACACGAAGAAACAAAUCUACCCAGAGGAGGUGCGAUUGCAUCUAAGACCAGAACAACCUGCCGUUUUUAAUGUGACAUUCCAGCGUGGGGAAGAUUAUCCAAUAGAUCUCUAUUAUUUGAUGGAUCUCUCAUUCUCUAUGGAUGAUGAUCUGCAAAUAGUGAAGAAAUUAGGAGGAGAUCUCCUUAAAGCUCUCCAGAGUAUUACCAAACGUGCACGGAUAGGUUUUGGUGCCUUUGUGGAUAAGACUGUCUUGCCAUUUGUAAACACCCAUCCAGAGAAGCUCCAGAAUCCAUGCCCAACCAAGGAGACCAAGUGCCAGCCACCAUUUGCUUUCAGGCAUGUGCUUAGCCUUACUGAUGAUAUACAGAGUUUUCAAGAAGAAGUAGGGAAGCAGCACAUAUCGGGGAAUCUUGAUGCACCAGAAGGAGGACUUGAUGCCAUGAUGCAGGCUGCUGUCUGUGAGAAAAAAAUUGGCUGGAAGAACGUGACUCGCUUAUUGGUCUACACAACAGAUGAUGGUUUUCAUUUUGCUGGGGAUGGUAAGCUUGGAGCCAUUUUAACACCUUUUGAUGGACAAUGUCACUUGGAAGACAAUAUGUACAAAAAAAGCAAUGAAUAUAUUACCUUCCAAGUGCAAAUUACAGCAACAUCAUGCGUUGAAAAUCAGACUCUUACUCUGCAGCCUCUUGGUUUCACAGACUUCACCACUGUACGCAUACACAGUCGGUGCAACUGUGAAUGCGAUGAGGAAUUACCAAAUAAAUCUGAUUGCAAUGGACAAGGAAAUAUAAACUGUGGUAUUUGCAGAUGCAAUGCUGGCUAUGUUGGAAAGAAUUGCAAUUGUAAGACUGGAGGCAAAACCAGCAAGGAACUGGAAAAAAGUUGUCGAAAGGACAAUUCUUCAGUCAUUUGUUCUGGCCUGGGAGAUUGUGUAUGUGGACAAUGUAUUUGCCAUACUAUGGCAGAUAACCAAAAGCAUAUUUAUGGUUCCUUCUGUGAAUGUGAUAACAUUAACUGUGAACUGCACGAUGGUAAAGUGUGUGGAGGGAAAGGGAGAGGUACUUGUGACUGUGGGAAAUGUAAAUGUGACGCUAAAUAUGAUGGCACUGCCUGCCAGUGCCUAGCUUCAACAAAAAAAUGCCGGAAUCAGAAUGGGAAUGUGUGUAGUCUCCGUGGGCAAUGUCAGUGUAAUACAUGCAAAUGUAAUGGACGCUAUCAGCCCCCUUUCUGUGAGGAAUGCCCGGGUUGCCCGUCUCCCUGUGACAGAUAUAUUUCCUGUGUUGAAUGUCGUGCUUUUGGGACUGGUCCGUUUGAGAAGAAUUGCUCUGAGAAUUGUUCAAAUAUUAUUGUUGAAAAUAAAAUACGCCCAAAGAGUAUAGAAUGUAAGGAAAAAGAUUCAGAGAAUUGCUGGAUCUCUUACACAAUGUUUCAGACUGACGGAGAAGAGCAAUAUUCUAUUACAUUCAAACCUAAGAGAGAAUGCCCAGAACCCCCAAACAUUGCAGCCAUAGUGGGGGGCACUAUAGCUGGAGUGGCUCUUAUUGGGCUCCUUCUUCUCCUGGCUUGGCGGCUAGUGGCAGAGUUGAUUGAUCGCAAAGAAUAUCAGAGAUUUGAGAAGGAAAAAUCCAAGGCCAAAUGGAAUGAGGCCGACAACCCUCUUUUCAAGAGUGCCACUACCACUGUUGUGAACCCCAGAUUUAAUGGCCAAUGAAAUGAAACUUCAGCAACAGUGCAAAGCACAAAGAAAUUCUUCAGCAGAAAAACAGAAGAUGAAUCCAUUUUCUUUUCUUAAAUCAACCAUUACUGCUGUAUAUUAAUUAAUUUUGAGAAAACCAUUCUGUGGAUUUUGCAACAUGAUUCUGUCCAAUUUUUUUUUUAUUUAAACUGUUAGCAUUAAAGACUUUUACUGCAUAUGUCAGAUGAAGUACUCAUAAUAACUAGGCCUCUUUCAUUCAUCACCCACACAAACUGUAGAAAAUUGAAUUUCAAUUUCAUGUGAAAUUACCUAAAACUCUGCUAUAUUACUAUGCAGUAUGUAAAUAAAAUUGCCAACUACCACUCAGGGAAUUCUUUUCAUUAACAAUUUUGCUGUUUGUAAGGCCUAUUUUAAGGCGAGGUACAUAGUAAGAAGGUGAUGAGCUAUUACCACAAAAUGGCAAUGGUCCCCUUGG